AUGAAUGAUUUUCCAUAUUGGCUUCAACAAUACAAAAUUACUCAAAGCAACACAAUAAAAAAAAAUGUAGGUAUUCGACGUAGGUGAAGUUAGCACCAUAUUCGAGUAAAUCCUUCCCAUAUUCGCUCAGGAAAGCGUUCCAAGUGUACCAAUCAGCGUUCCAAGUAGAACUCAACGAGCUCUAUCUAAUGGUAACUUUGGAUUUUCCAUAGCCCAAACCAAUCAUGAGAAAAAUCCAAAAUACUGCACUUUUUCACUAGGAAAAACCAAACCUACUUACUAAAACCCGCCCAUAUUCGUUCAGGAGCACGUUCCAACCGUUCCAGCAGCGUUUCAAGUACAACUCGACGAGCUCUAUCUAAUGGUGUCCUUGGAUCAAUCGUAAUCCAAACCACUGGUGAGAAAAUCUCAAAAUACCAGAUUUUCACUAUACAUAUGGUUACUAAAACCCGCCCAUAUUCGUUCAGGAGCGCGUUCCAACCGUUCCAGCAGCGUUUCAAGUACAACUCGACGAGCUCUAUCUAAUGGUGUCCUUGGAUCAAUCGUAAUCCAAACCAUUGGUGAGAAAAUCUCAAAAUACCAGAUUUUCACUAUACAUAUAGUUACU